AUGCAAAUUGCAUUUGAACUUUUUUCAUUGGCAUAUGAAGCUUGGAUGCUAUUAGAUAUUGAUCUUAAUCCUAAAAAUGGCCAUUUAGCUACAGAAGAUACCAAAACAGCAAUGCAGUUUUAUAUGAAAUAUAAAGAUAACGAAAAAAGUAAAGAAGAUGCACGUCGUCUUUUACUUAACAUUCGACCUCGUAUGACACCAACAAAAGCUUCUAAUUACAAUUAUGAAGGUAUUUGUGUUGCUGGAUUCUUUAAAGAAAUGUGUACUUGUAAUCGAUCGUCAUUUACCAAUAAUUAA